CCUGUCGAACUUGAACUUGACGGGAAACGGUAUACCCGGAAGGUCGAUGAAUUAGGGAAGAAGGUCGCCUGACACCGUAUAAAAUCAGCUAAUCAAAUUGAUUGACCUCCUGAUCUUGAAUGGGUUCCUACCAGCUGAUGACUCGAGCAAAAAAAAAAGAAAAAAAAAGAAGAAGGAUAUUCCCCUGGAAUCACUUUAAAAACAGUCGCUUUCCUGACUUGCAGUAGUUGAACCAAGCCGGAUCGGGCUAGCUCAACUCACAACACAAAUUCAGUCAACGGAUAGAAGAGAAUGUAAAGGGUUUUUUUUGUCGAUUGUGUUGGUGUCAUGGCGCAAAUACUGGGAAGCAGUCUGGAAGCAGCAGUGUUUGUUGUUACUGCGAAAAAGAGAUAGCAAACAGGGUUUAUAAUUUCUGACAACCCCGAGAUUCCCAAAAUAGUUGAAGCUGUCGACGAAUGAAUGUUGGAGUCAUAUACUGCAGUGACAGUUUGAGAUCGAUCCGUCAACUUGAGGAGAGGAAGAGUUGGAAAGAAGCACCGAUCAGAACUCCCGCGCAAUUUGCCGUGGAAGAUGCCUCGUUUUCUUCGUUUUCCUACUUUUAUAAAUAUGUUUACAAUGAUCUCAUAUGGCGAAGUAUAUCAUCAUUAUUUAACAGUGAGUAAUGUAUGAAUUGAUACGGUCGAUUGGAUCAGAAGAAACCUCGCCGGUUCUGUAGUAUACUUGCAUUGUUAACCGUUCGGCAAUUCAAUCUUCAGACUUGAAAACAAGGAUUUAAAACCUCAACUAUUUCUUUGUUCGCAUCACCUUUUCUUAUCGGAAUGCUUUGGCUUUUUCUACAAAGCAAUAUUGUCGACUUUUGCAAGCAAGAAUUCGAUCUUCUUGCAUGCAUUGUCACAACAUUGUGAUGCGCUGGCUCUAUGAUUGUUAACGUAGCCAGUUUCUACCCCGUCCUGCGUAGGUGGAGGCUUUACCAAACGUCAAUAUCUAUGAUCAUCACUCACACCAAGAAGCCGUAUUGUCAUCAAUCGGCUCAUCUUUUUACGCUCGACCAUCACUCAAACUCCAUCUGAAGUGCCCGCAACAAAGAUAUUGCAUCGCAUCCAUUCGGCAUGGGAAAGUUUCUUUUUGAAGUAAAAUAAACUAGGACGAUUGCUUGCCGAGGAAGGAAUGCGAGCUUAUUGCGUUGAUUUAAUAUGCAGACAGAUAUUGAUAUAAUUUCACAUUUGUAGCCUUGACGCCAGUGUCCUACUGAUAAGGUCUGGUCCAUUCCUGCCGAGUCCGGGCCAAAGUUUAUCACCCCCGUACAGGGGUAUGAGACAGAACCAAGGAGGGUGCCAUCUUACAGUCUUAUCUCUGUUUACAUUGCUCAUUGACAAGAAAUAUUCGCAUCACUUGAGGAUGACAGCACGCCUUUGAAACAUUGUUUCAUCUUGGAUGUAAUCGUGGAGAUAAUCAUCUGAAGAGGUUGGAAUAUAGCGCGUACCUUGGAGUUUGGACAUACGAAAGAAUAUUAUACGAAUGGUGGAGGAGGCUGAGUAGUUCAUCUCCGUUUAUAGCUGCUUGAAAAGUCUCCUCAUCUUUCAUUCGACGACACUCGGUCUGCUCCCUUUGUCUUGAGUUAAACACGAAUUAGCGUGCACCUUCAACACCACUACCUCUUUGCAAAGAUGCUUAAUGUAUUGUACUGCGUACUAAGGAGAGUUUCAUCCUUAAAAAGAAUAUUUUCUUAGUUCUUUUCAUCUUCCAGUUACUGCUAUCGUUUUCGUUUUUGGCGGUGUGGAGUUGUUCGAUCGGUGCAGAAGCUGUCACGGUAACCAACAUGGCUUGCUUCGCCAUAACGUAUUCCGUUACAUUCAUUGUGAUCCUGUUAUACCGCAUGUGGUGUGUAGGAGCUGUGUUCAACAGCAAAAGAACUUUGACCCGAGUGGAAGAAACCUUGCUUCAGGAGUACCGGAUGCAGGUUGCGCGGAAACUAACGACAAUUGAAUCGAGUCGGGACUUCCUCCGCAUCUUCGUGGCCAACAACGAGAUCGAGCCGACGUUUGUUUCCAUGGUCAACAAGACGGUACAGAAGAAGAAAGGAAGGUUCUUCGCGCAAGGCGUUGCUAUCCAUUUUAAUGAAGAAAUCAGUAAUCGAGCCAUGGAAGCUUGGAUAAGGCACGGUGAUUCGGUCGGUUGUUCCGAGCCUCAGCCCCAGAUGUUGGACAUGUUUGAAGAACUUGGAAUAUCUCGCGGAAUAGGGACGUACGUCUACCCGAGCUGUACCUGGGUGAGACGUUGUGGGGGUAGCGGGUGUUGUACCAGCGAUUUACAGGAGUGCGCAAGCGUUCCCGGGACGAGAACCAACGUAACAAAGCCGUUUGUAAUGAUAGCAGAAACUGGUUUUGAUGAAGGAUUACAAGUUACUACUGAAAGUCAAUUUCUGAAUUAUACCCUCUAUGAAGACACGGCCUGUGCUUGUAAAAAUCGACCUGAAGGGGAACUCCCAUGCGCACCCGUCACAUGCCCAUCGAACCAAGGCUUCAGUGUGGCUACCUGUGGGUGCAAGUGUCUCAAGGAUUGCCCGGGCCCUUACAUCCAGGAUCCAGACACUUGCCAAUGCGACUGUCGACCUGGGGACAAGCAAUGUCUUAAAGUCAUGCGAGGGAAAAGAGCGUUACCUGCGGCUGAUUGCCUAUGUGUUGGGCAUGGCUGCGAGAAACCGAAAUGCAGACGACACUGGGGUUUCUCAAUCGCUCGUUGCAGGUGUGAAGAAAGAGCGCCACCUACCGUCUGGGCACGGAUGUACAAGAUCAACAACGAAGUUCCCGUACCCGUCGAGACCCAGACCCACAAAGAACCAACCAAUGAAUAUGCUUCGGGGAUGACGCCGCCUCUCACGUCUGCCGAAACGACCACCAUCGUCACACCUUUAAUUCUAGAAGAAGACGACGAUGAAAACGAUAAUGACGAAGCGGAAGGAGAAGAUGAAGCCACAACUGAAAGAGGUUCAUCAUCGUCUUCGUCUACUGACGAAAUUUUGACAGAGGACCCCGACCCAUACGACCCUUUGGUUCGAGUUCCAGUUGCUCCAGAACAAAGAUACGCCGGUGGACGUCAAUACCAACAUCAGGUGCAGCAUGAAACAAGGACAAUUGGAUCAAGAUCUUACAACCAUACAAGUGCCUCCAGAGGUAGUACUGUCUUUGAGGAAUCAUCCAGGCGAGGAAGUCGCAUCGGACAGGAUCCCGAGGACACGACAUCGGUAAAUGACACAACCGAGACGGCGACGUCGGGAACGACGACGACGACGCGUCAGGACUCCUAUGCACAUCGCCGAGGACGGUUUCUUGGACGCGUUGGUUUAGAGGAUGACGAGGAUGAGGUCGUAGCCGAACUAGGAGAAGUUGGAAGUGGGUCGGUACCAAUGGAUGAUGAUGAUUAAAGUAGGACCUACAAAUCACUCUGUGCCAAGAACUGAUUUAUGCUAAAAGCUGGACCUGAAAAUCACUGAAGUUCAUCGUAAUUUGAGAACUAUUUGUGAGCUGUCGGUUGCAGACAUUGACAUUUCGAGAAUGUUCGAAAUGAUGACUGUUACGAGAGUGGAAACGAAAAGAAGCAAAACAAAUGGUAUUCUUGAGGAACUAAAUGCAGGCAUCUUGUUGUUCUAAAUCCAUUCACUGAACAUUGCUGCAUAGUUAUUAUUUCAUAGUAUUGUUUAUUUUUGUGAGACGUGGAAACUAGACUGUUAAUUUGUAUGAUACCUUUAUUAUAGACUGCUGCAUGAUUGUUGUAAUAUUGCAAUUAUUUUAUGUUGGUUUUCUUUUUUAUUGUAAUUUCGCAUAACUACAUAUUCGUUUUAAUUAAUACACAGCCCCAGAGUAUUGUUAAUCAGUAUUGAUCAAUAUUGAAUAAUAUAAUAUUUUAUCCCCAGUUGACAUUUAUGUUAUUUCUUAACCCCCUUUAAAAAUACAUUUUACUGUUGAUUUUAUUAGGUGGCGAUAAAUACAUUUAUUAACUUGUUCUUUCUUUCAUUCACCUAGUUAUUCAUUCGUUCAUCCAUUCAUUCUUUCAUUCAUUCAUUCAUACAGGCUUUUAUCAAUUAAUUCAGUUAUUCAUUACCUCCGGCCUCCGGGCAUUCUCCCCAUUAAUAAAAUAAUCAUUGAAUUAACUCUUUCUUUUUUUCUUUCAUGCAUUCUUUUAUUCAUCCAUCCAUUAUUAUGCGUUUUUUUCGAGAAUUACAUCAUUGUAACAUGGAUAUACGCAUGAUUUUUUUUGUUUUGUAUAAAAUCGCACAUAAUAAUCAGUGGCUCAAUGAGCUAAAAUUUUGAGGGGGUGAGAUAUGGCUCAUUGCGCAAAAUUUCCGAUAUUUUUGUUACAAAAAUCCAAUUUUGUGAUAGAUUUUGACAAAACUAUUCCGAAGAUGGUAUCAUAUUUCACCCUUCUCUCUUUCCUUGAUUUCCUUUUCUCAGUUUUUUUUUGUGUUUUGGGGGGAUGCCCCCUCCCCAUUCUGUACGUCACUGAUAAUAAUGUCCAUGUACUUAUAGAAGUAGGGAGCGAAACAAGUUUGUUGAUUACAGACUAGUUACUUUGCUGUAUUUGGAAUAUGAAUUCAGUCAAAUUGAAGGAUCUGAUGUACUUUGAAAAGGUGGAUUUGACGAUUUAGGGGACGAUAUUCCGUUUUUUUUUUCAAGAUAUGUUGGAAUUUGAAUGUAUGUAUGACGUGAAAAAUUGCCUCUGAUGAGGUAUGAUCAGGCGCGGAUCCAGGAGGGGGCCGAGCCGGCCCCGCCCCCCUAUUUUUUGACAACCUGCUGAAAAAAGUUUA